AUGGAGUCCGCCGCCAUCAGGGGGGCUGGAUGGGUGGUGGGCAAGGCGCUGAGCCCGCUGUCCGGCGGACUGGUGGAGGCGUGGGUGGCCACCACGGAGCUCGAACCCAACAUCAAGGCCCUGAAGAUGGAGCUGCUCAACGCGCAGGCCAUACUCCACGGUGCUCGGAGAAGGGAGAUCGACAACCCCGCGCUGGUGGACCUGCUGCAGAUGCUGCGGGGCCUAGGCUACCUCGCCGAGGACGUCCUCGACGAGCUCGACUACUUCCGCAUCCAGGACGAGCUCGAGGACACCUCUGAGGCCAUCGACGACCGCGGGUGCGCCCGCAACCUCGUCCGCGAUGUCCGCCACGCCGCCACUGCCGCCGCCAAGCAGCUCGGUUGCGCCUCGUCAUUGUCUACUGCUCCUGGUUCCAACGACCGCGCUGGUGAGAAGUCGUGCAAGUGCGUGCGCCGGAUUGCAUCCCGUGCUCGUACCACCGUCCACACCUUCGGUAAACGAUUCCUCUGCUCUUCUCAUGUUCCUGAUGAUAGUAAACAUGUUCCUACAGUACCAAAAUUGAAAUUUGAUAGGGUGGAUGUCUCUAGAAGAAUGAAAUGUAUCACAGACGAACUAAAACCCCUGUGUGCUAAGGUCUCCACCAUUCUUGGCCUAGAGUUCUCAGGCUCUGUUGUUGCCAAGCUAGAUUUACUGGGUUCUAGCCACGGCAUUGGUAAUGCAGCUUCUACAACUAGGACCAUAACCACCUCACAAGCUUUAGAGCCUACAUUGUAUGGGAGGGAUCCACAAAAGAACACCAUUAUCGAGGACAUCACAAAGGGUGAAUACAUUCAUAGAGAUCUCAACGUAAUUCCGAUAGUUGGUCCUGGGGGCAUAGGAAAGACAACUCUCACUCAGUACAUAUAUAACAACAAAACUGUGAAAGAUCAUUUUCAAAUUCGAGUUUGGGUGUGUGUAUCCCUCGACUUUAGUGUGUAUAAGUUGACAAAAGAGAUAUUCAGCUCCAUUCCCAAAGCUGAAGACGAAAAAAAUGACAUACCAGAUAAUGAGGUACAAAACCUGGACCAACUUCAAAAAUUGAUUGAAAAAAGACUAAAAAACAGAAGAUUUUUACUUGUUUUGGAUGAUAUAUGGAAAUAUGGUAAUGAAGAUGAGUGGAAUAGAUUUCUAGUGCCCUUUAAAAAAGUGCAAGGAAAUGGAGACAUAGUUCUAGUCACAACUCGAUUCCUUGAAGUCGCUGAAAUGGUCAAGAGAGGAAAUAAAUUGUUACAACUAGAAGGUUUGCAACCGAAAGAUUAUUGGAGCCUUUUUAUAGCAUGUGUUUUUGAUGAAACUAAUCGCCAAUAUAUUGAUAAAAACUUGCUUGAAAUCGGGAAAAAUAUUGUUAAAAAAUUGAAGGGUUCUCCUCUUGCAGCAAAAACUGUUGGUAGCUUACUGAGAAAAAACCUUACUGUAGAUAUUUGGACGAGGGUUCUUGAAAGUAGAGAAUGGGAAUUGCAAACCAGUAAUCACGAUAUUAUGUCUGCAUUAAAGCUUAGCUAUGAUUACCUCCCUUUUCACCUGCAACAAUGUUUUUCCUUUUGUGCAUUAUUUCCAGAGGAUUACAAGUUUGAAUCUGAGGAGCUAAUUCACUUCUGGAUAGGACUUGACAUCUUACAUCCAAGUCAUACAACCAAAAGAAUUGAAGAUGUAGGGUAUCACAGCUUGAAUGACUUAGUUAAUUAUGGAUUUUUCAAAAAAGAAACAGACGAUUCAGGUACAAACUAUGUUAUGCAUGACCUGCUGCAUGACUUGGCACUGAAUGUUUCCUCACACGAAUGUCUACAUAUUGCUUCUUCUAGUCCAAGAGAUAUAGAAAUUGCACCAUCUAUCUAUCACAUGUCCAUUAGCAUCAGUUCUCGAGCUGAUAGCGUGGACCAAAAAUUAAGGAAAGGACUGGAAAAAAUAAAGAACAUAAUCAAAUUUGAGAAUCUACGCACUUUGAUGUUAUUUGGAAGUUAUGACGUAACAUUUGUUCGCAUCUUCAAUGAUUUAUUUAAAAAUGCAAAAUCUUUGCGUGUUGUCUUUUUGUCAACAAUGUACUACCAUGUGGAGUCUCUGUUGCAUAACUUCUUCAAACUUUUCCAUCUUCGCUACAUGCGACUUCUAUCUCGAAAGUAUGGUUGUAAAGAACAUUUACCAAGAUUUAUCUCGAGGUUCUAUCAAUUAAGGGUCCUAGACAUACAACACUGGUACGGCUCUCAUAGUCUCCUUGGAGAUAUGGCUAAACUUUUAAAAUUGCGCCAUUUUAUAUCUAAUAAUGAGGAAUUUCACUCAAAUAUUUAUAAUGUGGGAAAACUACAUAGCUUACAAGAGCUACAGAGAUUUGAAGUUAGAAAAAAACGUAGUGGUUUUGAAUUGAGAGAGUUGGGGGAACUAGAAGAGCUAGGAGGAUCUCUUGGGAUUUAUAAUCUUGAGAAUGCACUGCCAAAUGAGGCACAUGAGGCAAAACUAUCAUACAAAAACCGUUUGCAGAAAUUAACACUCAUGUGGAAGAAAAACCCUAGUACAAAUCCUGCCGCAGAAGAUCAAGUACUUGAAAGCCUUUGUCCACACAACAAUAUUCAUGAGCUAUGCAUUGAUGGGCAUGGAGGCUCUACUUGCCCUACAUGGUUGGGUGCAAAUCUGUCCACCAGAGGUUUGGAGGCUCUCUGCCUUGACAGCGUUGAUUGGGAAUCCCUUCCACCCCUUGGAGAGCUAUAUCUGGUUCGCGAGAAUGGAGAAGAGUAUUUCGGUUGCAUUAGAGGUUCGAACUUCCAUAACUUGAAAAGGCUAGAACUCAUUGGGUUGCCAAAAUUUAGAAGAUGGGUAGCAAAUGAAGUUUGCCCUUGGUACUACACAGUUAUAGAAGAUACACAUGCAAGAGAUCAACAAGAAGUAGCGCUGGAGGUGGAGGAAGAGGUAGUAGCAGAGGAGGUUGCUGCGGAACAAGAAGAAGAUGAUGGGCUGCUGCUCUUACCGGCCCAUCUAUCCGGCUCUCUGAAGUACUUUAGUGUCGAGAGGUGUCCAAAGCUUAUCCUGAUUGCCCAGGCCGGCGGGGCAGGAGGAGGCGGUCUCCAAGCCAUGCGCUCCCUCGAGAAAAUCGGAAUAUAUCAUUGCCCCAAGUUCCUCUCCGCCUACAAGGAUUCGGAUCUCUCUUCCUGUUGUCCUUUCCCAUCCUCCUUGGGAGACCUCUUUCUUUAUGGUCGUAUGGAGGGCAUGGACACGCUGGUGCCCCUCUCCAACCUCACCUCUCUGCAGGAAUUAAAUAUCUGGAGUGAUGAGGAAUUAAAUAUCUGGAGUGAUGAGGAAUUAAAUAUCUGCAGGUGGGAUGGCCUGUUGCCUCUCCUUACCCAGGGCCAGCUCACCACAUUAGAAGUCCAUAGCACCAAUUUCUUUGCUGGUUGGGACCCCAUCUGCCAAGAGCAGCCUUCCUCCAAACUGCAUGAACUCCGGACGGGCGACAUCGCAGGAGUCUUUGCUCAGCCCAUCUGCCGUCUCCUCGCUCCCUCCCUCACCGAGUUAUCUCUCCAUUUCAACAAAGAGGUGGAGCGCUUCACAAAGCAGCAAGAGGAGGCCCUUUCCCUCCUCACCUCCCUCCAGCAGCUGUGGUUUUGGUGGUGCGACAAGCUGCGGUGCCUCCCGUCAGGGCUACGCAAGCUCACCAGCCUCGAGAGAUUACAUAUCGAUAGGUGUCCAGUCAUGCGGUCUCUGCCCAAGAAUGGCCUCCCGAGUUCCCUGCAAGUGUUAAGUGUUGUGGACUGCAUCAAGUUGCGGUUUCUCCCAGCAGGGCUGCACAAGCUCAUCAACCUCAAGAGAUUAGAGGUACGGAAUUGUCCAGCCAUUCGGUCGCUGCCCAAGAAUGGUCUCCCCAGCUCACUGCAAGUGUUGGAUGUCAGUCGCUGCGAAAACGAGAAGCUAAAACAGCAAUGCAGACGGUUAGUGGGGACCAUCCCACUAAUCAGACUAUAGACUAAUCCAAGGGCUUCUUGGGAGUUGUACAUUCUUCUAGCCUUGUAGGACCCUCUCCAUCGAUGCACAAAGUUCGCACAGAAGAGGGUCUCCUGUGUGGUAUCUUCUUCAUGUACAUAAACCUGGUGUUCUUAUGAUUGUUCUGGUCGCCUUGUUGAUACUGUGUAAUUACACUUCUGUUGUCACUAGUGAAGAUUUGGUUCUCUAGCGUUCCAAUAGGUGCAGAUGUUACUGCUUCAAAAUGCCAUGCAGUCUUGGGUAUACUUCGUAUUGCAACAGGUGUGAAAGCUACGCUCUUUACUGGCUGACCGCUUAGGAACAUUGUCAGAAAUGUUGGUGGUUCACACUCCAAAAGAGUGUAUCCAAAGACUUCAGAAGAUCUCCCUUAUGACUACCUAAGCCCACGCACUCAGCUGCCCAAGGAGACAUACCCAGUUCACUGAAAGAAUUAGAUGUGAGUGGUCAUGGCAACGAGGAGCUCAAACAGCAGUAACAAAAGUUAAUUGAAGCCAUUACGAAAAGCCGAAUACAUACUGACUAAACAAGGUUUGGUUCGUCCUUAUCUGGCACUUAAUAGAUGAAGGGUGGAUUAUUCACUGCACAUGAAGCAAUUCAGGUUAUGGACCAGUCAACCUGCAAAAAGAACGAAGGUUAUGGACCAUUCUGCAGUGGAUCUCAAGUUAGUAGACGAUGUGCAAGGCAAUGAAGCUGUAUGAAUCUGCCAUUUGUCUUGAACCUGAAAUUCUAAGAGCUAUAUUGGCAUCGGCUGAUUUGCGUUUUGGUGAAACCCGGGAUAAACAUGCAAUUUUGCUACUUGAAAGCUGCAGCA